AUAACAUAGUUCUUCUUUUCAUGAUUCAGUUCAAUCCAGUUACACAUCACUUCGUUAGAUCUCAAACGAAAACAAACUUUCUCAUUGUUUCGAAGCAUCCAAACAAGAUCUUUCACAUCGUCGCUGAUUCUCAGUGAGAUCUCAACUUUUUAUUUUACUCAUCAAUGAGUUACCGAAGAGACAAUAGGUCGUCCAGAUCAUCACUUUUAGAUGGUCUUGAUACUCUAGAGGAGGGUGGUUUAAGGGCUUCUUCUUCUUACUCACCUGAAAUAAAAGAGCACGAUAAUGAUACAGCCAUGGAUACUCUCCACGACAGAGUUUCUUUUCUAAAGCAAUUAACAGGUGAUAUACAUGAGGAGGUCGAGAGUCAUAACAGCAUGCUCGAUCGGGUGGGUAACAAAAUGGAUGGAUCAAGGGGUAUGAUGUUGGGAACCAUGGAUAGAUUCAAGAAGGUUUUUGAGAAGAAAUCGACAAGGAAAACAUGCUCACUUGUGGGAUAUUUCACAGUUGGUUUCAUAUUCGUAUACUAUCUUAUUAGGAUGCUUGGAUAUUUUACACUAGGAUGAAGCCUGUUAUGUUAAGCUAGCUAGAAUAUGGGAUGGAUGUUUCAAGUAAAAUUUUGUUCUUGUGCUAUAAAAUGCUUGAACCAUUGACUUGUGGUUUGAAAACUCAGUUGUGAAUUGUGAUAUUUGAAACUUACUGCAUAUAUGAAAGCUUAACAAAAGUAUAUUGUUUAA